CACUCGGAGCUGCACACACCGAGGCAGCGGCGCGCAGCUCCGGCUCUGGAACAGUCUCCGCUCCGCCCAAGCUGAAAGCCUGCUCCGGCUGAAUGAAGGGCUCCGUCCAUGCGGAGGCUAGCGCUCAUUCUGCUGCCCUGUGCUGUCGCCGUCUUGGUGCACUUGUGGUUGGCGCGACGACCCUUCUUCUUCUUCUUCACCCCGCCGGACAACAACACUCACUCGGAUGAGUCGCCGCCCUUCUCUGAAGUUCUGGUGGGGGUGCUGUCGGCGAGGCACCAUGGCGAGCUGCGGCAGGCGAUAAGGGAGACCUGGCUGGGCUACAUCAGAGACCACCCUCGCCUCCGGCGCAGAGUGACUGUGAAGUUCAUCGUGGGUCAACGUGGAUGUCCCGUUCCGGAGGAGGACCGGGAGGAUCCUUACUCCUGCUCCCUCCUAAACUUCAGCAAGCCAGUGACAGGGCAGGAUGCAGAGAUACAGAUCGUUAAAGUGUCUGACCCCGCGGUGCUCGUCCCUUCCGAUGUGUCCGCCAUCGCCCUGGACUUCAAGGUCCUCCACCCGGUGGUCGUGACCCGGCUCGGGGUGUUUCAGAGCGGGGCCCGGCCCGAGCUCCAGGGCAACGUGACGGUGAAGCUUCUGCAGCUGGACCAGGAGGAGGCUGUGGUCACGGCUCGCUUUAGUUCCGUCAGCACCGGGACCAUGGUGAACUGGGUCUGGUACAAACCAGUGGAGCAGUUCAUCCUGCCUAAGAUGAGGACGGACUCUCGGGGCUCUUGCGCGGCCGCUCGGCCAGGAUGGAGACGCACGCCGCCGGCCUGAUGGCGGAGGACGCCGCCCUGCGGGAGGAGAGCCUCCGGCACGGCGACGUGGUGUUCGUGGACGUGGUGGACACCUACAGGAACGUGCCUUCCAAGCUGCUCCGCUUCUAUAAAUGGUCUGUGGAGAACACGGACUUCAACCUGCUGCUGAAGACGGAUGAUGAUUGUUACAUCGACGUGGACUCUGUGUUCAUGAAAAUCGACCAUAAAAAUCUGAAACGCAGGAAUUUCUGGUGGGGGAAUUUCAGGCAGAGCUGGGCGGUGGACCGGAUCGGGAAGUGGCAGGAGCUGGAGUACCCCAGCCCGGCCUACCCGGCGUUCGCCUGCGGCUCGGGCUACGUGGCGUCCCGGGAUCUGGUCCAGUGGCUCGCCAGCAACGCAGAGAAGCUGAAGGCCUACCAGGGGGAGGACGUGAGUAUGGGGAUCUGGAUGGCAGCUGUCGGACCUCAGAAAUAUCAGGACGCCGGUUGGCUCUGCGAGAAGGAGUGCUACCUGGAUAUGCUGUCGUCCCCCCAGCACACGGCCCAGGAGCUGCGCCUCCUCUGGGACAGGAGGAGGGCCUGCGGGGACCCCUGUGGUUGUCCCUGGGACCACUGAACGCACGGCACUGUGGGUAAAAUGCACUCAGCACCGGCUCCCGGCUCGGUCUCUGUACUUUUAGUUCUCCUUUGAAACGUACACAACAAGAUCCUGCACCGAAAUGACCCGUUUCCUGUCAGAUCGUGUUCAUGUUGUCUCGUUUCUCUUAAUGUCCAGAAGUUUUUAGCUUUUAGUGAUGUAACUAUUGACAACAAUCAUGACUGCAAGACUUGAGCACUUUGUAAUCUGCAGAUGUUGAUUACUAACAUCCAGAUCUGAGAGGAGAAGCAGACGCAGAUAAAUUUUCUUUUUUUUAAAUCGCUUAAAAGGAAAAACUCAUAAAAGUCGCUGAAAUAACCUAAAACUGGCAAAUCAUCUAGCAGCUAAUAGCAGAACUAAUUUUUCGUUUAGCGGUUUAGCUUCUGCUAAAUUGGGUUUUGCCAACUUUAAAUAUGCUAACAGCUAAAGAGCUAUAAGUCCCACCUUGAAGGAGAUAAAGACAUGUGACGCAGACUGGAUGACCGUCGUAUUAGCGGUUAGCUUCCCCUAAUUAUUUUAUGUAGCCAUAUAGCGUUAGCAAAUUAAAACUUUUAAAUGGCAGUUUGAGUGAGCGAAGCUAACUUUUCUUGGUUAGCUGUACCAACCAUUGGGUUUUAAUCAAGUUAACUAGAGGUUUGGGUACAAAAAUUGUUUAGAGAAGUUAAAUAAAAUUUGUCUAAAAAUAGUGGUAGAAUUUCAGAAUAAUGUUCCUCGAUGGAAAUAUGGGAAGACUCGAAUGAGACGAUGUGUGACGCAGACUGAGUGACUGUUAUAUUAGCRGUCAGCUGUUAGUGUUAGCUUCUGCUAAUUUUUACAUGUUUAGCAUUAGCAAAACAAUAGUGUAUGAGUUAGCAAAGCUAAUUUUUUGUGUUGGCUGUCCCCACCGCUGGCAGAAGUAGUAAGAAAAUGUUUAAUUUUCUUUCAGAGCUCCUCAGUUUUCUGUGGUUGAUCUGUUACACAUCAUGAUACCAAACAGCCCUGUGACUACCCUUUAAACAUAUUUUAUCAUAUAAAAGGCAAUGUUUGAUUAAUUCCUUUUUACUUUUAGUCAGUUUCAUGUUAUUUCAGCGACCUUUUGUGCUUUUUUUUUGCGUCUGUAUUUUCUGUAUAUUUUGUAAACCGUCCGAAGCUUUUCAUCGUCUCCACUGUUUGUAGAUUCUCUCUCGCAGACGGAAGCACUUCCUGUUCUGUAACUUUUCUUGUGCGAGUGUUUGUGUUAGCACGGUGGCGCUCGUGACAUCAACACAAAACUCGACUGUGAAGUAGACAUCUGUCACGAUUUUACAAACGGUAAUAAAGAACUUGUGAGGGAUUAAA